AUGUCGAUACCUCAAGUACCUCCGCGACCUGCUCGAUCCCACCAUCAACACCCGGACAUCACGAGCAUGGAGAUUCCAAAGGUGCCUCCAAGGCCAAACAGGCGAACGUCAGAGCGCUCUGUGUCACCAGAUCGAGACAACUUCCCUAGGUCUCCUUUCAACGAACCGCCCCCAAGCAGAGUUCCCAGAGAAAAGAGCAGCUUUUACAAAAAUUCUAGUAGAAACACCUCAGAAGCUGAAUUGCCACAAAGACCCCCAAGUGUGUCAAUACCCUCGAUUGGCGAGGAAGGAAACGAGUAUGCAGACAUCAUAGAGCGUGUUCAGUCCACUUCAAAUCUACAAGAACAAACCGCCAGUGAAGCACAAGAGACACGAAACGUCGCCGGGGAUCUGCCGCUCCAUGCUCCUAAACCCUCCUUCUCAAAAGACAACGCGAAGCAAAGAGUUGCUGCUGUAACUCGCACUGACUCGGGUCAAGUGGCCGCUCUUGGUUUGGGGAAAGUACCUAGCCGGUCUGGAAGCGCAAAAGGAGAGAAAGAGGCCCAAGAUUCUUCGCUUAGACCCAAAGUUAGCUUCAGGACGGAGACGGCGUCUUCCGCAGACACAGAACGCCCCGGGUCCGCGCAAGUGGAGGAAGAUGAAGAGCGUGGGAUUCCGGAGAUUGGGCAGCGAGUCCCGAUGUUACCUGACGCAGGGGACGUGCAAGCACCGUCCACAUCACCUUUUCCUCAACAGUCGCCGGCGGGCAUCGGCUUUCAUAAUUCAGGACAAGCAAAACCUGGUAGACACCAUCGCCGAACACCAAGUGGCCGAGAAGUUCUCCCGCCCGACAGCUACGGCUUACAUGGUCAUGGCGUCCCGUCUGCGGAUCAAUUCGAGCGGGAUUGGUACUCCAAACAUCCGGAAGCUCUAGAUCGAGAAGAACAUGGCGAGUAUGGUCCUGGUAUUGGAGGAGGACGAGGAGGAUGGGCUUUGAGUAGCGAUGACCUGAACAAGCUGGUCAGAAACACAUCGCGAACCACUUUAGCAAACAGUGGACCAACGGAUGAACGUUUCGGGUAUCAGACUUCUGAAGAGUACUCAUCUCGGAUCAACACCCCCCAUUCCGCGACGUUCGGUCGUAUACGCUCUGCGAGCUCGCAGGCUCAUGCUGAGUCCCCGCUGCGCAAAUCAAGCUUUCCAGUAGACACCGACGCAGCGUCACCCAUCCAGGAGAUUCGAAGUCAUAAAUCGCUAGCUGGUUCGACGGAGGAUGCUUUGGAUAGCGAGACCGAGGACGAUGACACCCAUGACGCCCCGUCUGCUGUACGAAAUGGUAAGUACACAAGUAACGGAAAUGGUACUUCUAGUGUAGAUCUUGAACUACGUGCAAGUAACGUCGAUGGAACAGGCGAAUUUGCAGACGACGGUGGCUACGAUGUACCGAUCCUAGCCGCAGACGAGGUGGCAAGAACACCAGGGGCGGAAUUCAUGCAGCCCGCAGUCUCACCUGCUGCAUCACGUCGGGGCAGCAGCUAUUACGUAGGCGCAGAGUACGAGAACCAUCCGCUGUUCAAACCUGCAAGCAGAUCGGAGAGCGCUGCUAAUAGUCGGCCAACAAGCCGACCGGGCAGUGUUCAUAAAUUCACCAUGCAUGACGAUGAGCGCGAAAAUAUGCACACACCCCUAGAAGACGUAGACGAAUAUGAGCCUCUAUUUCCGGAGGAAGACGGCAAAAAGAAACAUGUCACGGCCGCGCAACGGCUCAAGCUGAGGGAACAGAUGAAACGCUUUCCCAGUAAAGAUAUUUGGGAAGAUACACCGAACAGCUUACAACUGCACGCUACCGUUGAUACCCCAGAGCCUGCCGUGACAGCGAUAGGUUCGGUACCAAAAGCGGCGGGAGUGGCAUUCGAAACCCCACAGCAAGAAGCUGCCCGCAAAGGAGAGGUCGGUGAGGAUGAGAAGGCUAAGCUCGUGCCCAAGGAAGAGCGCUUGGCAAAGUCGUCAUUCAAGCCGCACCUUCGUCACGAGAUGAACAGACCUGGGAUGGCACAGAGGUUUCCGAGCAAAGACAUUUGGGAGGACUCGCCGGACAGCGCAGAGCUCACAACUACUGUGGGAAACUCAGUCAAUGACAUCAAGAGUCCAACAGACGAAGGGCUCGAGGCUGGUGCUGUCGUGCAGACAUCCGGCAACCCUAAUGAAGGCAUUCUUGCCGGAGAGCAAAGCCGUGAAAUGCCCGCAACCGGCGCGAUUGCAGCGGAGAAACCAACAAUCCCUCCCAGACCCAAAAAGGAUGAUGGUGCUGCACCUACCUCGGCGUCCAAUCAACAGCCUGCUAUUCCCGCUCGUCCGCCAAAACGGCUUCAUCAGGUACCACCGGCAGACGCGAAGGUUCCAAUCGCUCCAUCUAAGCUAUCACAAUCUACCUCACCAACAGACGACCGCAAGCCCGCGCCUAUAGAGAGCGCAAAGCCGCAGGUGCCAGCUAGACCUGCAAAAACUUCAGACACAACAGACACGACCCCAUUGUCGAAAGUCACCUCAGCCUCUUCAAUAGGCAGUGAAGGCAGCGAUAAGGGCUUGGGAGCUUCUAGUGCUCCCAAACCAAAGCCUGCCGUUCCUGCUAAGGCCGCUGGAAAGUUCGGCGCACUCCAAGGUGGCUUCCUCGCAGAUUUAAAUUCUAGGUUGAAGAUCGGUCCAUCAGCUCCCAAGAUACAGGAGAAAGAGCCUCAAUUGGAAGAGGAGAAAGCACCCCUUGAGGAUGCAAGGAAAGGUCGCGCUAAGGGGCCAGCAAAGCGGAAACCUGCCGCUCCAGUAGGUGAGGCUGCGGCACAAACGAAGCAGGCUGCACCAACGUGGAGCAUAUGUCAGCCAGUCACGAUCUGGCAGACCGAUGAGGACGGCAGGAUACAAUUGGCCCAGUCAAUGACAGGAUCGAAAGCUGCCCCACCGGUUGAUCGUGGUCAGCUUAGUGGCAAGCCAAUGUCCCCUGAAGUACCAACUUCGGAUCUGCCAACCCCGAUAGUUGAAGCUGAGCGCAAUCCACUAAGUAUAGAACCUAACACCCCGAUUGUCUCGUCACCAACGAUCGGCAAGGCUCAGAGUCCUGAAGCUGUCGAGACAAAGACCGAAAAGAGCAUCAUCGACGAGCAGCCUACAAGCAAGCCUGAAGUUCCUGGACGCCUUGAUCAGGAAGAUGCGAUCAAACUCAGCACUGACGACCAGGAUAACCCAACAGCGGUGCUUGAGAGUAAGGAGCAAGUGGGGAACGAGGCCAUCCCCAAGUGA